CCAAGAAAAAUAAAAGGUAUUAAAAUAGGCUUAGCUACUUUGGGGCUUUCCUUUGUACAUAUUUUUAGCAAGGAUUGUGUGUGCCUAACUCUGCAUUAAAAUAGCUGAUGCUACCAGUCAUUGUUUCAGGCCCUUGCACACUGCAGCCUGGCAGGCUUUCUGCAGCCAAAAGUGAAGGCAGCUGGCAGGGCUAGCCCACCCAAGCCGGGGAGAGGGCAUCUGUUUCACCGACAGCGCCCCCCCCCCCCUCACGAAAACCUCAGCGGUGGGAAUGCAAACAGAAGCAGGGUGCUUUGGGUAUGGCCCAGGGCUGCGAGAGAAAGCUCACAGGAGGCAGCCAUGUUUGAGGACUUAAGCCUCCAAAAAGCACGCCCUGCUGACUGUAGCCAGCAGAGGCUGGAAAUUCUCCAUUGUUUCACCAAGGCUGGCAUCCCAGCAAGACAGAUGUGGCAGCCAGCUCUCUACACGCUCCACCAGGGGGUUUCCUAUGAGUACUUGUCCCAGGAUACGUGGUCAGGGAAGGCUUUCUAGUCAGCAAGUGCUACCUUAAGAUGCCUGAAUCUGUCACAUCCUCCCUUCUGGUCCAAGGCCAGUGGGGCUCUGGCCACCUGGGAGAAACACAUGUAGCUGGGGAGGGGAUAAGAGGGUGGAAGGAGGAGGGGAUCCUGGAGACUAGAGUGAGAAGGUGCCUGAGACAAACUUCCCCUUGCCCAAGGGUUUCCAAGUCUUGUCCCUGGAGUGAGUGACCUCCAUGCCGGGCUGAACAGAGAGCCUCAGCCGAGUGGGGCUGAUAAUACUGAGAAGGAACGCUGCCAUAGUGUCUACGACUGACUUUGCAAUACUGGGGACAAGGCAGUGCCGUGUUGCUAUGUGUGAGGACUUCAAUUUUUACCGUGGGGAUGUUAGCAUUUGAAGUAACUUUUCAGGAGCCACACUUCAGAGGUGGCUAUGCCAACCGCUUCAAAUCUCUUCAUCUACAUAUGCACCUGGGGGAUGUUAAAAAUAAGUUUUCUUUGGCAAAACGACUGGUGUUUCCGGACGUGUGAUUGGCUAGGAAGCCUGAGCAGGCACUUCUGCGAUGAAUGAAAGGGAUUUUGAAAAGCUGGCCAGUCCAGGUGCUGUGGGGUCUAGGUUCUUACUCGUUCCCGUGGUUCCCCUUAGGGGACGAUCCUGUGGGCGGUACUAUAGGAAGAACAGCGUUGCACUUGCUUCCAAGGGACCACUUCUUGCAAGAUAUGUCAAGAAUCGGGGACCUCGCUGUGGGGCAGCAGCACUGCGAUCGCGAGGAGAUUAUUUAACUUAUCUGAGCUCCAUUUUCUGUAGACUGGCGAUAACGAUAACCUUGCAGGGUGCUUGCGAGGAGUAUCGAGCUUUGAAAGAUCAAGUUUCUGCAGCAGCGCCCUCGCACUGUGUGGCUGGACCAAGAGUUCUUCGACAUUCGGAUCUCCCGGGCUUCCCUGGGUCGGGGGGGAGUGGUGACGGAAGAAGCCAACCCGCCUCUCCCUCUCUGCCAGCCUCUCUGGAGGAGAUCACAGACCCGCCGCUUUCCCAAGACUCUGAGCUUCCGGCGCCGGCUCCCAUCUUGCAGAUAGCAAAGUUUCAGUGCCCACCCCCCGAGCCAACCUCAACCGGGGGAGUGGUCUGCCCCACCCCCCGCUGCUCCCCAGUUACAGCUUCAGGCUUCUCAAGGUAGCAACUGCCCUUGGAUUUGCUCCAGCUUUUCUCCCUGACUGAAAGUCAUUCAUCUAAAAUAUUUCUUGAGCUCCUGAUAGGUUCCAGGUACUAUUCUAGGCACCGGGGUUAGAGCAGCAAAACAAACACAUACGAAAGUCCCUGCCCUCCUGGAGCUUAUAUUAUAAUAGAAGAGACAGAACGGCAUAAGUGAAAUAUAGAAUGUGUUAGUAAUUAGGGCUAAAGGCAAAAAGGCAGGGAAAGCAGGUGUGAAAUGUACAUGUAGGAGAACAGCGAUUUUUGAGUAAAGGACUGAGUGAGCCAGCCACGCAGAUAUCUGGUGUCCUACAGUGUUCCAGGAACAGCCAGGAGGCUGGAGCAGAGUAGGGGGAGGCACCUAGGAGAAGCUGGGGAUGAAGGGGUCAGGGUGGAUGAUCCAAUGUGGGAGGGCCUUAUGGGGCCACUGUAAGGACUCUGCGCUUCUCCCCUGGGUGAGGUGGGAGCCCUGCAGGGUUCUGAGCAGAGGAUGUGUCUGACUUAUUUUUAAAACAGCAUUCUGAAUGGGAACAGACUGCCGGGGCAGGACCAGAGCCAGGAGGCCCUUCAGUAAUCUAGGAGCCAUGAGGGGGCAUGUCCAAGGUGGUAGCAGCUGAAAUGACCAGAAGUUGUGGGAUUCUGGAAAUACUUCGAUGGGGAGACUGACCAGAUAUGAGGUAGGAAAGAGAAAAAGGACGAGGAGAGUACCAAGGCUUUGGCCUGAGCUACAGGAAGAAAGAGUGGUCAUUAACCAAGAUGGAGAAAACUGGCCUUGCUAGUUUGGUGGGUGGGAGUGGACCUCUCUGGAGCACAGUUUUGAACAGGUUAGGGUGGAGGUGCCCUUUAGACGUCCAGGUGCAGGGUUGAGUAGACACUGGUUAGACAGGUCUGCAGUGCCAGAGGAAAUGUACAGGCUGGAGAUAAAAAUGGGAAGUCAUCAGCAAGAUCUGCUGGGAUUCAGAGCCAAAAUUUUCUGAGAUGAUCUAGCUCUGUGCCGUCUGAUGCAGUAGCUGCUGGCCGUAUGUGGCUACUGAGCACUUGAAAUUAGUGGAAAUUGUGCAGCUGAAGAGCUAAAUUUUAAAUUUUAGUUACAUUUUAAAAACUGAUAUUUGAUUGAAUUAUUGGAAAAAUUUUAAUGUUUGGAAC